CUAUUUUUAUGUAAUAAAGGUGUCAUAUUAGCGCAAAAGGGUGAUAGAAAUACGCUAAAAUUGAGUCCAGUGGGCAAUAGGACCAAUGUAAAGUUAGAGUGUGUCAUAGCAACUUUGGUCAUUGUUCGAGGGGUACUGGAUGCUCAUCUCUUUUCUUAAAAUCCGUGCCAAGUCAAAAGAGGUCAUCGUUUGUGAAGGUGGCUCAUUUGUGUUGUAUAUAUAAAUGCCUAUUGACAAGAAGUGCGAUACAAGUAUUUUAGCCAUAGUUAAAAGCUCUAUAAAUUUCUGUUCUUUGUUCACAAUGGCAACCAACUCAUCAGACAAUGAAGUGAUUGUGGCCAUGGUGCCAUUUUCUGACUAUAGCCAUCUCAACAACCUCUUCGAUCUUGCUCGCUUCAUCGCGUCCCAUAAUAUACCGGUACACCUCAUCUGCUUUGCUGAUCAGAACAAAGAACUGAAACUUCGCGUCCAAGGUGGUCUCGUGGCCUCAAACAUCCAUUUCGAUGACCUCUUGAGACCUUCUCCAUCAGAAGAAGAUGAUGAUGGCCGUGAUGGCGUGCCUCCGAUUAUAAAGAUUCUGAGAAAACUCAAGGAGCCUAUUCAUAAAACAUGCUGCGAACUCGCCACCAAUGCGAAGAAAUUAGUCAUAAUUCAUGACCUUAUAAUGAGCGACCAAAUACAGGAUGUCCAUACAUUGAUCUCAAAUGUGGAGUCUUAUAUCUUCCACACCGGGGCGACUUUUAGCAGAUAUUCUUCCUUUCGACAAAGUAUUCCUGGCGUAGUUGAUGACGAUGAUCAUGAGAAACUGAUCGAACAAAUGGAGGAUGAGUUUCCGGUGUUGGAGCCACAUCAGAAAUUGUGGUUUAGAAUGGAGCAUGAGUUGAAGCUCCAGUCCGGAGAGAUCAUUAACUCGUGUAAAGAAGUGGAAGGUAAGUACCUAGACUUACUUGCCAAUGCGAAACACAAGCCGUUGUGGAUUUUUGGUCCAUUUCAUUUGAUGUUAGAAUCGCAUGACUCUAUCUCUUUUUCGCCUAGCAACAUGACUCGUCAUGAAAGCUUGGAAUUUCUCGACAAGCAAGAUGUUAACUCGGUAAUAUUCGUCUCAUUUGGAUCGACCACUACAUUAUCACAAGAGCAAAUCAAUGAGCUCGCUCUGGGUUUAGAACAAAGCAACCAUAGAUUUAUUUGGGUGCUAAGAAAAGGAGAAAAAGCGGAGAAACUUAAAGAGGACGACGGAAAGAUUGAAUUACCACAAGGGUUCGAAGAGAGAGUGGAAGGAAGAGGAAUGGUGGUAAAUUGGGCACCACAGCUGGAAAUCUUGAGGCAUUCAUCUACGGGUGGCUUUAUGAGUCAUUGUGGGUGGAAUUCUUGUAUCGAGAGCAUUAGCAUGGGAGUGCCUCUAGCAACUUGGCCAAUCAGUUACGAUCAGCCAUAUAACGCUGUACUUGUAACCAAUUUGCUCAAGAUUGGGGUAUCUGUCAAGAGUUGGGCUCACCGGAAUGAAUUGGUAACAGCAUCAACCAUUGAGAAAGCGGUGAAGACAUUGAUGGGCACGACGGAAGGGGAAGAGAUGAGGCAAAGGGCAGUGGAAAUGAGCAAAAAGAUCAAGAGCUCUGUUAACCAUGGAGGACCUGCACGCGAGGCAAUGGAAUCUUUCAUCUCAAAUAUUAUCAAAUAACUUUCAGGAUUGUGUCUUUCAAGAUAUUGUUUCUCAGCAUAUUUAGGUCGAAUGUCCUUCCUGAUUUGUUGUUUCUCAGUUCUAUUUUCCUAUGUUGAAAUAAGCUUGAUAGCCAAAGGCAGAAGUCUUACAUGGCUAGUCAGAUAUAUUGACAUUUGAGAAUUACUAGUA